CCAGUCACAGAGCGACGCUGGUCUCCCAGAUUGUUGCUAGAAGGAGACGGCGUCGACGUCUGACUAGACUCGCAGCGACUUAUCUUUCAGUCGUGCGCUCCUUAUCCGGCGCUCGGAAUUUGUUCCCGGCUUCAGGGCUGCGGGACCUGGAACGAGGCGUAUCGAGGCGGCUCGAGAACGAUCCAGGGGAGCCGAGGCGCUCCUCUUGUCAUCCCACUCAGCGCCAUGUCCUGGAUGUUCAAGAGGGAUCCUGUUUGGAAGUACUUGCAGACUGUGCAGUAUGGAGUUCAUGGAAAUUUUCCACGCCUCUCAUAUCCAACUUUCUUUCCACGUUUUGAGUUCCAAGAUGUUAUCCCUCCAGAUGACUUCCUAACUAGUGAUGAAGAACUAGAUUCCGUUUUAUUUGGAAGUUUGAGAGGUCAUGUGGUUGGACUACGCUAUUACACGGGAGUAGUUAAUAAUAAUGAAAUGGUUGCAUUACAACGAGAUCCUAAUAACCCUUAUGAUAAGAAUGCAAUUAAAGUAAACAAUGUGAAUGGAAAUCAGGUUGGCCAUUUAAAGAAAGAUCUUGCAGGUGCUUUGGCCUAUAUCAUGGACAACAAAUUGGCACAAGUUGAAGGGGUUGUUCCUUUUGGUGCAAACAAUGCUUUUACCAUGCCUCUGCAUAUGACUUUUUGGGGAAAAGAGGAAAAUAGAAAAGCGGUUUCAGAUCAGUUGAAGAAACAUGGAUUUAAAUUGGGUCCUGCACCAAAAACUUUAGGAUUCAAUUUGGAAAGUGGUUGGGGCUCUGGAAGAGCUGGACCAAGCUAUAGUAUGCCAGUGCAUGCUGCAGUACAGAUGACAACCGAACAGCUUAAAACAGAAUUUGACAAAUUGUUUGAAGAUUUGAAAGAAGAUGAUAAAACCCAUGAAAUGGAACCAGCUGAGGCUAUUGAAACACCACUGCUUCCACAUCAAAAACAAGCUCUAGCUUGGAUGGUGUCACGGGAAAACAGCAAAGAACUUCCACCAUUCUGGGAACAGCGAAAUGACUUAUACUAUAACACAAUAACAAAUUUUUCUGAGAAGGACCGACCAGAAAAUGUCCAUGGAGGAAUUUUAGCUGAUGAUAUGGGUUUGGGUAAAACUCUUACAGCCAUUGCAGUAAUCCUCACCAACUUCCAUGAUGGCAGACCUCUUCCUAUUGAAAGAGUUAAAAAGAAUCUACUGAAGAAGGAAUGUAAUGUUAACGAUGACGCUGUGAAACUUGGAGGAAACAGUACCAGUGAAAAGGCAGAUGGACUAAGCAAAGAAGCAUCUAGAUGUAGUGAACAACCCAGUAUUUCAGAUGUCAAGGAGAAGAGUAAGUGUCGCAUGUCAGAAUUGUCUAGCUCCCGCCCCAAAAGAAGAAAAACUGCUGUCCAGUACAUAGAAAGCAGUGAUUCAGAGGAAAUUGAAACAAGUGAAUUGCCACAGAAAAUGAAAGGCAAACUGAAAAAUGUACAGUCCGAAACUAAAGGCAGGGCAAAAGGAUCUUCUAAGGUUAUAGAAGAUGUGGCAUUUGCAUGUGCAUUAACUUCAUCUGUUCCUACAACAAGAAAGAAAAUGUUGAAAAAGGGAGCUUGUGCAGUGGAAGGGUCAAAGAAAACUGAUGUUGAGGAGAGACCAAGAACAACACUGAUCAUCUGUCCGCUUUCUGUGUUAAGCAACUGGAUUGACCAGUUUGGACAACAUAUAAAAUCAGAUGUACACUUGAAUUUUUAUGUUUAUUAUGGUCCUGAUCGUAUUAGAGAACCGGCCUUACUUUCAAAACAGGAUAUUGUUUUGACUACAUAUAAUAUUUUAACUCAUGACUAUGGAACUAAAGGGGAUAGUCCAUUACAUAGCAUAAGGUGGCUAAGAGUGAUCCUGGAUGAAGGACAUGCCAUACGAAAUCCAAAUGCUCAGCAGACAAAAGCUGUACUUGACUUAGAAUCAGAAAGAAGAUGGGUUUUGACAGGGACUCCAAUCCAGAAUUCUUUAAAGGACUUGUGGUCUCUUCUUUCUUUUUUAAAACUUAAACCAUUUAUUGAUAGAGAAUGGUGGCAUAGAACAAUACAGCGUCCUGUCACAAUGGGAGAUGAAGGAGGACUUAGGCGUUUACAGUCCCUAAUUAAAAAUAUUACACUUAGAAGAACAAAGACAAGCAAAAUUAAAGGAAAACCUGUUUUGGAGUUACCAGAACGUAAAGUAUUUAUUCAACACAUUACACUUUCAGAUGAAGAGAGAAAGAUUUAUCAGUCUGUGAAAAAUGAAGGCAGAGCCACUAUUGGAAGGUAUUUUAAUGAAGGGACUGUCUUGGCACAUUAUGCAGAUGUCCUGGGUCUUUUGCUUAGAUUGCGGCAAAUUUGUUGCCAUACUUACCUUCUUACAAAUGCAGUGUCUUCCAGUGGCCCCUCAGCCUUUUCUCUAGGAAAUGAUACACCUGAAGAACUGAGAAAGAAGUUAAUAAGGAAGAUGAAGUUAAUUCUGAGCUCAGGUUCAGAUGAAGAAUGUGCAAUUUGCCUGGAUUCUUUAACAGUUCCUGUGAUAACACAUUGUGCACAUGUAUUUUGUAAACCCUGUAUUUGCCAAGUCAUUCAGAAUGAGCAGCCACAUGCUAAAUGCCCUUUAUGCAGAAAUGAUAUACAUGAAGAUAAUUUAUUAGAAUGUCCUCCAGAAGAAUUAGCAUGUGACAGUGAGAAAAAGUCUGAUAUGGAAUGGACAUCCAGUUCAAAGAUUAAUGCGCUAAUGCAUGCAUUGACUGACUUAAGAAAGAAGAAUCCCAACAUAAAAAGUUUGGUUGUUUCUCAGUUUACAACAUUCCUGUCUUUAAUAGAAAUACCACUUAAAGCCUCUGGAUUUGUGUUUACUCGUUUGGAUGGUUCCAUGGCCCAAAAGAAAAGAGUUGAAUCAAUUCAGUGUUUUCAAAACACUGAAGCAGGAUCUCCAACUAUAAUGCUUCUGUCCUUAAAAGCAGGUGGAGUUGGUUUGAAUCUGUCUGCAGCUUCUCGAGUGUUCUUAAUGGAUCCAGCCUGGAAUCCUGCUGCUGAAGAUCAGUGCUUUGACAGAUGCCAUAGACUUGGCCAGAAGCAAGAAGUUAUCAUCACAAAAUUCAUUGUAAAGGACUCUGUUGAAGAAAAUAUGCUGAAAAUACAAAACAAAAAGAGAGAACUUGCAGCAGGAGCCUUUGGAACUAAAAAACCAAAUGCUGACGAAAUGAAACAAGCCAAAAUUAAUGAAAUCAGAACAUUAAUUGAUUUAUAAUUUGUGGGAUUUUAGUAAGAAGACUACUAUAUGUGAGAGGCGUGAUAUCUGGAUGGAAGUUGGGCUGGAUGAUCUCCAAAGUCGUUUCAACUCUUAAAGACAUCUUAAUCCUGAAUGUAAAAAAUUGUUGUGUUUAGAAUCAGAAUUUAAUUUUGAACUUAAGUAAUUCAUCCUUACAUCUAUCCGUAGAGACUAUCUUUUUUUUUUUUUACUUUUUUGUUAAUAAGCAAACUUAUUUGCUGCAGAAUUCUGGGUUGACUCCUGAGCAUAUUUAAAACAAACAAGCUAGAAAUUUAGCAGUCAGAUUAGGUAGGUAGUUUCAUUUCAAAGGGAAACUUUAAUCCAAAGAAAGAUUAAUUACUCUAACAAGAGAAGCUUCAUGUUUGAUGAUACAGAUGUAAGAAUACCUGAGACUUUACUUGGAGUGUUGGAAGUGAUUUGAUAGAAAGAUGAGAUCAGAGACAAUGUUGUGUUAUAGGGCACACAUUGAAGGUAUAUGCCAAAUCUCUCACCAUCUAAGUCCUUUUCUCCCUGUGCCCUGUUUUCUUGCUCAAAGGGAACAGUGAAUUAGCCAGCUAGAAUCUUCCUGGUCCCUUUUUGAGGCGGUAGCAGGUAAGGGAUGGGCUGAUUUUCAUCAAAACCAAGACCUUUCUACAGGAAUGAUAGUGGAAUAAUAAUUUGGGAUUAGCCCACUGGCAUUAGGAGCAGUAGGGAAGUUACCUGGUAGAUCAAGCAUUACACACAAAAAAAUCAAGUUGAUCAGAGUAUGGGUUCUCCAUAUAGCAAUACUUCAGUGAGAUUAAGUAUAAACAGUUUUUGGCAAAAAACAACACAAUCUACUCUUCCUGCUUACAAAGACAAAGCCUUACAAACUCACUGUGAAGGUAAAGGGAGGACAGCUUACUUCUUUGCCCAGAUAUUUACAAAGUUGUUUUUAAAACACACUCAUAAGUUUGGCAAUUUGUUUAAAAAAUGUCUUGUUUUGUACAGUUCUGUUAGAUGUUAAAUUUUAAAAAGUUUAAUUAAAAAAAUUUAAUUUGUCCUUCCUAAGAAGGAUAAAUAUAUUAAAAAGCCACUGGAACGAAAACUUCCUAUUAUGCUAUGCUGUUUUAUUAUUACAUAGAAAAAUAACUUUAGAAAAAUAUUGAAGACAUUGUAUUACCAGUUGUGAUUCAAACAAUUUUGUGGUUAAAACUGGAUUUUAAAUUUAAAAAUCAAUAAAAAUUUCAAAUGUUUAUUACCA